GUUUUGGAGGAGAGAGAGAGAGAGAGAGAGAAAGAAAGGAAGCGAGAAACAGAGAGAAGCGAUGCCGGCGGGUCAUGGGUUGCGCAGUCGGACGAGGGACCUGUUCUCACGGGCGUUCAGGAAGAAGGGCUACAUCCCACUCUCCACCUACCUAAAGACCUACAGAACGGGCGACUACGUGGACGUGAAGGUAAACGGCGCCGUUCACAAGGGCAUGCCCCACAAGUUCUACCAUGGCCGCACAGGCCAAGUCUGGAAUGUCACAAAGCGCGCGAUCGGCGUCGAGAUGAACAAGCAGGUCGGAAACAGGGUCAUCAAGAAGCGGAUUCACGUGAGGGUGGAGCAUGUUCAGCCGUCGAGGUGCGAGGAAGAGUUCAGAGCAAGAAUGGUUCGAAAUGACGAGCUGAAGGCGGAGGCAAAAGCUCGUGGGGUGAAGAUUAGCACCAAGAGGCAGCCUGAGGGGCCUAAGCCAGGCUUCAUUGUCGGCGGGGCUUCCAUUGAAACUGUCACUCCCAUUCCUUACGACGUCGUCAAUGACCUCAAGGGUGGCUACUGAUAUGUUUUUUUUAUAUAUAAUCGGGUCUCCAUUUUCAUUGUUUCUUGUUUUUGACUCUGUUUUUGUAUCCGGGUAACUCUGUUUUACUCAUAUUUCAAAUUUGACAAUGCAAUUCUUAUUGUCCUUCAACUUGUGAGAAAUGUUACUAUGCGAAACGUAUCAUUUAAAAAUUC